AUGCGGGUAUCCGGGGGCAUGUUCACCCCAAGGCACGCCCCGUUGAAGGAAGGCCGAUCUCUUCCCGGUCUUCCCUAUGGAGGUCCCACACGACGAAGCCUACGAUCACGACAAGGAGCUUUAUUGAUAAUAGUCCUAUUAUGCGUGCCUCUGAUAUAUUUUCUCCAUUCCAGCAACUCACUACCCUCAGCUCCACCGCCGUCAGACUCGUUAUUAAAUCAUAGGCCGGGUGGUUCUUCAUCGAAUUCGGAUGGAGUGAGGCAAUCGGAUCCCAAUGGUAUUCUUCAACAAGCUGAUUUCCCACAGUCCCAUCUUGGUCACGAACCUUCCAAUCAACAUUUAGAUACCGAUAAUCCUUUCGCGGCUCCUCCCAAGGAGGCGCCUUUCGCCAACCCGAAGAAACCAGCUGUAACCCAUAACUACGACGAGGAACCAACCCCCCUGAGGGACAGUGAUAGGACUUCUAAACCGAAAAUCAUUCCUGCUGAAAUGUCAGGAAAGGAGAGCCAACAGUCGAUUGGAUUUACGGAACGACCCAAGUUCGAAAAGGCUCUCGCUCGAGUACUGGCUCUGCUGCCAGGUGAGAUGGAGGGUCGAGAUCUGCUUCGACAAGUCGAGGGGACUGGAAAGGAGAAACUCCGCGAGAUGGGUCUCCGUGUACGCGAGUACAAGAAGUUUUUUGAGGCGUGGGAGGCUCUGCAUCUCAGCUUUGACGAGGAAGGUGGCAGUUAUGUGCGUGACGAUGUGAUUCAGUAUCUUCGACAUCACAAUCAUCAACCUCCUGAGGAAAUGACUGGUGCCGAACUUGCGUCGACCAUUCAUUCAUAUGAGGCCUACCGAUAUUUCCUGGUCAAAUUCGGUCAGAUGCUCUUUCCAUGGACCGCGCCUUACUUCCCCGAUCAUAUGACCCUACAUUCGCAUUUCAAAAAGGGAGGUCGAGGUAUUGUUCUCACGGCAGGAGACGACCAGGCACCUUUUUUAUUGACGACAAUCCCAACAUUCAGAAAACUCGGAUGUAAUCUCCCUAUCGAGGUCAUGUAUCUUGGUGAUUCAGAUCUCAGCGAAGAUUACCGGCAGGAAUUGGAAGAUCUCGAUGGUGUCAUCACCCGCGACAUUGCCCAGAUGGUCAACGAUGAGGGCUGGAAGCUGGCUGGAUGGGCCGCCAAACCUUUCGCCAUCUUGUUCUCUAGCUUCCGGGAAGUCAUCUUUAUCGAUGCAGACAGCUUGUUUUUCACGAAUCCCGAAGUUCUCUUCGAAGACCCGGCUUAUCAGAAAACUGGUGCUCUUUUCUUCAAAGAUCGUCUCAUUAUGCCUGAAAAUAAGAAAAGAUGGCUUCAACAAAUUUUGCCAAAGCCCAUUUCUCGACAAGUCAAGCAGAGCCGAUUUUGGACGGGUGACAGUGGCCACAUGCAGGAAUCAGGUGUGGUUGUGGUUGAUAAGUGGCGCCAUUUCGUUGCACUUCUCCUCGUCACGAGAAUGAAUGGUCCCGAUAGAGACGGGAACAAGGACGAAGGUAGAGUGGGUGUUUACGACAUGGUUUAUGGUGACAAAGAGACAUUCUGGAUAGGCUGGGAACUCGUGGGUGACAUGGACUAUGCUUUCCACAACGGAGACGCCGGCAUCAUGGGCACGGUUCAAACACACGAACUGACCGAAGAAGAGAAACAAGAAAAGGCCCGCAAAAAGGCCAAUCGAAAGAAACCCUUCGACGGCGAAGCACCCCGAGAAGGCGAACCCUCGCAACCCGCCGCGCCGGAACCCGAAGAGGUAGAAGAAGAGACCGACCCCAUUGACGAAGAACCCUCGACAUACUCGAUCUGCGCGCCACAACUCCUGCAUCUCGACUACGAGGGCAAACCACUGUGGUUCAACGGCUGGCUGCUCGAUAACAAAUUCGCGGACAAGAAGCAGAAGAAAUUCGGCAAGUUCGAGCAUUACCUCAUUGAGCCCAGGGAUGUGCGGGAACCUGGUGCCUGGCAGCUCGAGGAGAGUAACAUGUGUUGCUUGACGACCGACGCGCCGCUGAAGCGGGAUUUCUCGCCCGAGGAGAAGGCCAUCUUGGCCAUGAUGAUCCAGCAAGCCAAGGACGUGGGUGUGCCGGGUUGA